AUGUCUCACGGGAGCCCAACUUCAGGAUUUACAGCCGUCAAUGGUGACGCACAUCGAAACACAUCUUUCAGACCAGACGAGUCGGUCCAGCGUCCCGUGAACGUGACUCACUUUGAGCGCAAAGAUGCUGCAAUCGAACAAGCUGGGGUCCCACAGCAGGUCCACAGCUGGCGGCCUGAUGAGCGUUCCGCAACACAUUCCGGCGAUUCUGGAGAAUCUCCAACAAACAAGAGAAAGCGCGCCGAUUCCGAAAAAGACGCAGCUCCUUCCAGCGUUCCUGAAGACAGGCCUAAUGCGACGGAAAUCGUGGCUUCCAAGCGGCGAAAUGCAGCUAUGGAUGCGUCAGCUACUGUUUCGACUACCUCCACUCCUCAUCAAACUGUCGCUCCUGUAGCUUUUGAUCACACCCGUGAGAGAGUAGUCCCAGGCAUAUAUGAUCGUGAGCCUUCCCCGAUAUUCAUGAAAGAUCGUGGCGCUCCUCCGCCUCCCCCUCGACCCGAAGUUGCAGCAGACCUCGCAAAAUCCUUGCAGCGUGAAUUGGCAUCCGCUCAGGGUCAGCAGCGAUAUGUCUCGCCAGCAGGACAAAGGAAUUCCCAACAAGUGUCUCCCGAAGCAUCGGAUGAUCGUCAGCAUACUGUGCCGGUUGAGACAAGCGCCAGUCCUGUGGAUGGUUCGUACGAUCAUCAGCAGUCACCUCCGUAUGAAUCGGAAACUGGCCAAAAUGGCGAUGCCGACGAUUCAAGCAGCAAGAAGCGAAAGCGAAAUUUCAGCAAUCGGACCAAGACUGGCUGCCACACUUGCCGGGCGCGUAAGAAGAAAUGUGACGAAAACAAACCCAUCUGUCACAAUUGCCAACGCGGCGGCUUUGAGUGCGGCGGCUACGGACCCAAGCCACCAGGCGGUAGCAAGGUUAGCGCCGCCCGGCCGUUGACCGCGAUCAAGCCCGCCUACGAGCCUUCACACGGACCUUCACAAUUCUCUCUCGGGCCUUAUUAUGACAAUCGUCCAAGACAGCCUCAACCGACAUAUGMGCAACCGAAUUAUGCGCCCCCACCUCCACCCCCGCAAAGGGCAGCGUCGCACGGUCUUCCGCCGGUUCACCACUACAAUCAUCCUCAUGUGCCACGACCUGUUGAUUUUCGUCCCCGAGAUGGAUACACCAUGCAGUACCCGGAGCCACCGCAUCACGCGGAGCGCUUUCCUCCUCAUGGCCUGCCUCAACCGCCACCGCCUCCAGAAUAUGGAGCAUUGCCUCCUUAUCGCGUCUACCCUGAUCCUAACCACUCUUCCCAUCAUCGCACCCCUUCUGCGCCGUCUGCUCCUCCCGUGCUACCCAGAUAUGGCACAUUAGAUCAAUACCACGGUCCACCUGGACCUCCCACAACGAUCAGCUCCAAAGACAGCGGCAUCUCAUCCCACUCCACCAGCCAGCGCUCCAGACCCGGUCUCGUCUAUCGAUCUGGAGAGAAGAUAGACAGAAGCAAGAUGAUCACCGGCGAGCCCUGCUUAUACUUCACCGACAGAGCGCUGAUCAACGAGCGUGCUUCCUGCAAGGAAAUUCUCGAGCGCUACAACGAUGCCGACAGAACCACCUCGGGCGUAAGUAUCGAGCACAAGGGUGUCAUCUUCUCCCAACUCGUCAAUCCCAAGGAGCGCAACGAUUACGGGCAUAGCUGGGAUGGGCCCAUUGGAUCCGUCGGAGAUCGGGUCGUCGUUCAAGCGCCAUUCUCCUGCGAAUAUGGCUACAACCUCAACUUUGGAGACGAAACCAUGAUCAUGCGGAAUUGUCACUUUCAAGAUGCAGCCACAAUAUCKAUCGGCUCGCAUGUUACCGUUGGUCCUGGAUGCUCGUUCCUCACGCUCGUGUCACCUACUUCAGCAGGCCCACAGGGCUUGCACAGUACGGGCGCGAUCCGAAUCGAGGAUGGAUGUACGAUUGGCGGCAAUGUGACUAUCCUACCGUUCCGAACCAUUGGCAAGGGAGCGACGGUCAUUGCUGGAUCCGUGGUUACAAAAGACGUCAAGCCCAAUUCGAUAGUUGCUSGCAACCCUGCCAAGCCCUUGCGGGAAGUCGACGAGGUUGUCGAAAAGGAGAACGCGAAGGCGCUGAAGGAAAUGCAGAAUGGCACUUGGCGACGCGAGAGAUACCCUUGA